AUGGGGAUGGUGGUCGAGAGGGAGGAGUGGGUGCUCACCCCCCUCGCUUACCCGCUCAUCUCCGCCGCAUCACUCGCCGCCGUCCUCCUCCUCCCACACUUCUCCCGGCCACACGCCGCCGUAGUCACCCCUUCCUCGCCCUCUCCCUUUGACGUGGGCACCACGCCCUUCCUCCGCUUCCGCCGCGCCUUCCUUCUCCUCUUCUGCCUUGCAUCCGUGGCGGAGGGGAUCCAGUCGGUGUUCGGGGAAGAUGAGUUCGUGCGGUGCGGGUUCGGCAGGGAGCAGAUGGCCGCGCGCCUUGCCGCGGCCACGGCCGCCGCGCUCUUUCUCGGCGGUGCAUCUGGCGUUGUCUCUGACAAAUUAGGACCACAGAAUGCUUGCAUAUUCUACUGGAUGCUUCAGCUUGCAGUGGGUGGCUUGAAGAGUUUCAGUGGGCUUCGUUGUGCAUGGGUCAACAAUUUCAUUUUGGCUCUUGCAUCCUCAAUGUUCUGCUUCUGUUUUGAGACAUGGAUUGUGCUGGAGCAUGAGAAGCAAGGCCAGAAGCAAGAUUCGCUGUUUGAUACCUUCUGGCUGAUGACAUUCUUUGAAUCAAUAUCCCUUGUUGGAAGUCAAGGAAUCACAAACUUAUUGCUUGAUGAUGAUAACAAAGGAAUCUUGCUUCCGUAUACGUUUGCAGCCUUAGUAUCAAUAAUAGGAAUAUUGUAUAUCAGAAAAGCACCAAGUAUCAGUACCGCCCAUCAUGCAUCUGUCAUUGGAAGCUACCAAAAAUCAUUUUUUGCUCAUGUCCUCAGAGACAAAAGAGUGCUGAUUCUGGUCUUAGCUCAAGCAAGUGUCCAGUUCUCUGUAUCAGCCUUUUGGUUCCUCUGGGCACCAACGAUAGUGGCUGACGGAAGGGAUGCUCCUCUGUCACUAAUCUACCCAUGUUUCCUGGUCUCGAGAAUGCUUGGAAGUGCUGCUGUUCCAUGGUUUUAUGGAGCCAUGGCUCCUUUCCAGAACGAGGAUAGCCUGACAACAGCAUACAUUGCCGCUGGGCUUGCUUUGUCAGUUGUGGCUUAUGAUUACCAGGAGAUUGGAACACUGGUGAUACUGUUCUGCAUCUUCCAUGCGUCCAUGGGCUUUAUUUUACCUUUGCUGGCCAGAUUUAGGACAAUGUACCUUCCAAAUGAACUACGUGGGGGCAUGAUGAGCUUUUCCCUAGCACUGGGAAAUGCACCUAUGUUCAUUUUCCUAAUACAGGGCGCCUACCAUGGGAACAUCGCAAAUUCAACCAUUCUAGGUCUUGCAGCCUGUGGCCUUUUGUCUGCCGGGGGCUGCAUUCAUAUGCUGCGGCGGUGGAGAAAACACACCCGCCAAAACGUGCGCAGUCUAUAG